AUGCUUUCUGCUACAUCUUGGGUUCCUAGAGGCUUUGCCAGUGAAUUUCCAGAGAAAUAUGAGUUGAACGAUGAAGAGAUGGAGAGAAUUAACCAGCUAGCUCAGCUAAACCUAGACGAUGCUAGAGCCGAUUUAGAGGAGGCUGGCGUUGAAGCUGAAGCUGAAGCAGAAGGUGAAGAAGAAGAAGAGGAAAAACCUGCUAAGGCCAACACCAGUGCUUUCAAAGACCAACUUGAAGUCGAUGACGACCUAAAAGAGUUUGACUUGGAACAUUACGAUGACCCAGAGGAUGAUGCCAACGCUCAAAAUGCGAUGUUCAUGGGUCUUUCUGAAGAUGUCAAGUUCUACGAGGGUGAAGAAGGUGAAGAUCCAUACAUUUCCCUUCCAAAGGCUAAGGAAGAUGCCGAAGAAAAACAGGAAUUGCAAGUUUACCCAACGGACAACAUGGUGCUUGCUACCAGAACUGAAGACGAUGUGUCGUACUUGGAUGUGUAUGUGUACGAUGAUGGUGCUGGUUUCCACGAUGAGGAUGUUCCUGUGGAAAAGGGAGACGAAUUAGACCCAGAUGUUGCUCGUGGAUUGGUGCGUGAUUCUUCUUUGUACGUGCACCACGACUUAAUGUUGCCUGCCUUCCCAUUGUGUGUCGAGUGGAUCAACUACAAGCCUGGCUCCAACGACGACCAAGCCAUUGCUAACUUUGCUGCUGUUGGUACUUUUGAUCCAUCCAUCGAGAUCUGGAACUUGGACUGCGUCGAUAAAGCUUUCCCCGACAUGAUUCUUGGUGAACCAACCGACAACAGUGCUGCAGUUUUGAUGCCAAAGAAAUCCAAGAAGAAGAAGAGCAAGGGUAAGCAUGUUACCACACACCAUACAGAUGCGGUUCUAUCGCUAGCACACAACAGAGAGUUUAGAGCUGUUUUGGCCUCUACUUCUGCUGAUCACACCGUUAAGUUGUGGGAUCUAAAUACCGGUAUUGCUGCUCGUUCCUUGAUCAACAUCCAUUCAAACACAAACGUUUCUGCUUCACAGUGGCAUCCAUCUAACGGUUCCGUGCUCUUAACUGGUGGUUAUGAUUCCCGUGCUGCAUUAUCUGAUGUCAGAAUCGAAAACGACAACGAUAUGUCUAAAUACUGGAAGGUCGGAUCUGGCGAAGAAAUCGAGUGCGUGCGCUUCGCUGAUGAAAACGUGUUCAUGUGUGGUACAGAUAACGGUAACGUUUACUCUUUCGAUAUCAGAAACGGUGCUGAAUCCAAGCCAGUGUGGACUUUGAAGGCCCAUGAUGCCGGUGUAUCAUCAGUCGAGGUCAACCAACACAUUCCAAACAUGUUAUUAACCAGUGCCAUGGGUGAAAAGACUGUCAAGUUGUGGAAGUGUCCACUUGAAUCCCAGCCUGGUAAGGGUCCAAGCAUGGUGCUAAGUCGUGACUUUGGUGUAGGAAACGUCUUGACCACGUCUUUCGCUCCAGACGUCGAAAUUGCCGGUAACAUUGUUGUCGGUGGUGUCAGUCCCGGUCUAAAAUUAUGGGAUGUGUUCACCAACAGAUCUGUGAGAAAGAGUUUCCAAUCAGAGCUAAAGGACCUACAAAACAAGGCAAGAGAGGAGGCCAAGGCUUUGGGCAGAAGCUCGAGAAUCGCCAGAAAGUACACUAAGAACGAUAACCCAGAAACUGUGCUUACGGUCGACGACCAAAACGACGAAGAUGAGGAUGAAGGCGACGAUGAAGAGUAA